GACCUCUGCUGGAACUUGUUGUCUUCUUCAGAUGUUGCUGCUAUGGGAUCCUGCUUUACGUGGUGGAGGUCUUGAUCCAGAAACUAACAAGCCACACUGCUUCACCGCUAUGCACAGUAUUCUCAAUAUGAAGGUUAUGCAUGUCUUGGACAUGACUUCUGCCCAGCUGCACUCCAUGAUUUUGGGAACAGAGGAGAGUUUGCAUUCCCUGCAGAUUCGUCUGGAGACUCAAACCCAGGCACACAUCCCACCACUGAGUCAGGAGCUUCUGCAGGAGUCGGGAAUGUCUCUGGAUCCACACUGGCCACCAGCUCAGUGUCUGCCAGAUGGUUUAUUAUGUAGAAAACAAAACAGACAAAAACAUGACCUAAACCAUCUGAUUUGAUGUAUUUGCUCUUAAAUUAGAAGUAACUAAUAUAAGAGCAUUAUAAUUAUUCACUUGUUCAAAUACUUAUCAGCAUAAUAAAUGAAAUUUUAGUUUUAAUUGUUUCAUGAACCUUUGUUAAACACAUUUAAGUAACUGCAGUGAUAAUUCUGUUCAUGUAUCUUGUUAUGUUAGUGUGGAUGGGUCAGCUUCAUAGUCUUCCUGUUUGAUAAGAGCCUUACCAAGUACUCUGGACCACUGACUGCCAGGCGUCUUCCAGACAGUGUUAACUUUAUAGGUGAGACUUUUAACGCUAAACUGAGUUUCUAAUUAAAUUAACACUUCAUACGAUUCCCGCUUCUCCCCUACUGGUUGAAAGCAGAAUUACAACAGUUGUAAACAUCCCUGCUGCAGCCUUUCCAGAUAACGAUGUUGUAUUUUGCCUGUUUUUAUAAAUACAUGAUUAUUAGCAGUUUGGAAACAGAGAAAAAAAUAGGGCUUUGCUACUUUUUUUAGAUGGUUUUAAACCGAAACUAACUAGUGUAGGCCGUGUCGAUGGUCACUUUAGUUUUAGCACUUUGCUUGGCCUCCAAAGAAAUUUUUUUCUUUGACUUUCAGGCUCUCUAACUUCUCAUUCUUCUUGCUAGUUUUUUUAUGGUCAACGACCAACUGCGAAAGCUAAUUGCUUGCCUUUAUGUGAGCUGCCGGCACAGUAAAGCAGGAAGAUACCUCCCACUAGUGUUCCCACCUGAACCACCAACGUGGUUUAUUGCAGUUUCUGUAACCACUGAAACCAGUUUGAAAGCAAUAGCUUGAGAUGUUAAAGGUGUGAAUCACCAAAAACAUUUUUAAGUAUUAUUUCUGAUUAUAAUCAGUCACUAUGAGUUUUUCAUGCAGACUGAACAUGAAAAUAGUCUCCUACACCUAUCUGCUGCAUUAGCUUCUGAUAGAAAAAAGGCAGUGAAACUCUAGGAUUUAAAAAACCUGACAGAUCUCUGUCACACUGUCACUUAACAUUCAUGGACUCACCCAUCUUGACUCGUUAUGGGAAAGGCUGUUUGUUUAGCAUCCAGGAAACAGCACAGAAGGUCUCGACUAGUAGAAGCUAACCGUUAGCAUUAGCAACUCCACCACACAGCAGAACUCCUUCAGACUUGUGUUAUUUGUGAAGAUUAAACAUCAACGUUACAAAGCAAAUAGUCAGUGAUAGUCAUGUUGCUGCUAUCCAAUCCGAGAUGUCUAAAUAUCAGGAAAUAAGAGUCCAAACCCGGCCGUGUGAAGCUACUUUCCUCUCCAGCUGACUUGUACUUUUUUUUGUCCUUAAAAGAUGUGGAUGACAGGACAUCGUCCGAUUUUAAGAAGUUUGGCUUAACUGAUGACUUAUAUUAAUUGAUUAUAAAUUACUUGGUUGUAGUAUCCAAAUAAAUAUAACAUAAUUGAUCUUUUGUUUUUCUCAGUCAGGGAAACAAAGACACAGCUGCGUCUGCUCUCAGGAAGGUCUGGGGGGAAGCAGUCAGCUACAUACGUGGUUUGAAGGAAGACUACCUAAGACGCUGCUUAGCCAAAGCUUGCCAUUGCUUUAGCAACCCCACGCCACAUUCUGGUGCCGCCCAUGCCUAACGGCACUAGAUACAACAUUUUAACUUAAAGAGCAAGUCAGCCCUAACCAGAGUCUUAACUCCGCUCCUAUUUCCUGUUUGAAAAAAUACACUACAAGGAGGUGUUGCCAUCGGUCCACAUGUGUGCUGAACAUGAAAAUGGUCUUUAAACCCUGAUCGCCCACAUUAGCCACCAAAAUAAAAUAAGUGGGGCAUGCCCUGGUUGGAAAAAGCCACAGAUCUAUGUCACACUGUAAAUUAGCAUUCUUGGACACCUUAGCUCACAACCUGGAAGGCUUAACUUACAUAUUAACUAAAAAAAGAUCAAAUAUAUCAUCAAUACUCACUUUAAAUCCUCAGCAGACACCACAGACCGCAGAAAUAACGUGUUUGGGACUCAAAAUUCUUGUUGUUGACCGUGGUGGGGGGAAAAAAAGUCUUGGAGGCUACACCACUUCCGGGUCACUGAAUUGUCACUCAAGAGAAACCACUGUACUAUGGGAGAGGACUUCUCAGAAGUCCCACCCACUCGAAAUGGUUGUGUCAGAAAGAACUGCAACCAAAAACUCAGGGAUUGCAAAGGAGAAAGUCAGAAAGUGUAAGUGCAAAUCUGGUAGUGAGAGCAAAGCUCUGUGCAGCGAGAAUAAAACAAAGGAAAUUGAUAACAAAAACACAUAAAGGCAAACAGAAAAGGGAAUCAUACUUUUUUACUCAUUUUAAGAAGUUGAUUCAGAUAGUAAGUUUUCCUUUGGAAAUGAUUUUUUUUCUCUUAAUAUUUGUUUGAUCUUCAAAGUGUUUUUCUUGAUCCUAUUGGCACAAACCUAAUCCGAUAAGCCCAGCCACCCUGCGGAGAAAACUCAUGACGGCAGCUUGUAUCCACGAUCUAACCAAUCACUACCCGAAGCUCGUGACCACUGUUAAAUCUCAAAAUAAGAAUUUUUUAAGACAUGUUUAUUUUAUGCUUGAAAUAUAACUUUGGCAAUUGUUUUCAGAUUAUAUUUCAAUUUCUGAAAAUCAUCCCAAUACCCCCUUUGAA